ACCGGGAAAGUCAAAUGUUUAUUAAGUUCGAAGUUAGGCUUCAAUUUUAAAAACAAUUUUGAAGCAAAAAUAUCUUUUGUUACUAAGGUUGAUUUUUUAUAUGUAUUUAUUCAGAGGAAAUUGAAAUAAAACGUUAAAUUUAAAUUCAUUUCGGUACAGUAAAUUUUGUUGUUUCUAUGGAUCAUUUGGCAAAAAGCGUGGCUGAUGAGCUUUUUCAAGAAGUUAGACGCGUUUACCACGAACGAGGAAAACUGACAGAUGAAGUUUUAUCUGCCCUGAAUUUCAUGUUUCACGGUAUACUGCUUCCUGCAAUGGAACUUGUGGAUCGGAGGAACGUCAAGCAUGUUGUUUCAUGCAGUGGAAGAGAACUGUUUCAAGUUUUUGGAAGUUCUGGUGUCCCCUACUUGUGUUUGAAGUCCAGUAAUUAUUGCUCAUGCCAAUAUUACAAAUAUUCUGUCUUAAGAAGAGGAGAUCAUUUAAUGUGCAAGCAUAUGUUAGCAUCUCGGUUAAGUGAAGCCAUGGAAUUGUGCCAAGAAAUGCAAUAUACUGAUGAAACAGUGGCAUUAAUGUUAGCCAGAAUGGAGUAAUGGACAACCUAGAGUUUUGAGGUAACAAUAUCUAAGAUUUAAGAAAUGAAUGACAGCUAUACAUUAAAGUGCAUAAUAAUAUGGAAAGAGGCGUGAACUAUGUGGUGUGCUAGGGUGAUUUUCAUCCCUUAAAUUUUCUUCAUCAGUUUCUUUCAUAGUGCACGAUGUCUUAAUUAGGUCAUUGUCUUUGCUAAAUCAGCCUAUUAUUUUGACACAUAUUCAUCAUCAGGACAUCAGAUUUUACAGCCAUCUUAUGAAUCCAAUGGUCCUUCUCUGUACACAACCUUACAAAUGUCUCUUGCAGCAUUUUACCUGUCAAUGCUGGGAAGCAUAUUGUUCAUUCUAUUUAAAUAUGACCACUACGGUGAAUAAAAAAUUAAGUCAUGUUAUGCAAAGUUUGAUUUGAUAAUUUGUAUACAGCAUAACUGCCACUGUGUUGUCAGUUAAUUCAAGCAGUGGCACCAAUGAUUUCUGUAGAAAAAAACUAUUGCUUUUGUGUUUUCACAGCAUUGGUUAUUUUUGUUUAAUGUAUGGCUAUAUGUGUGAUUAUUUUUAAACAAGCUUCUGAUUAAUCUAGACUUACAAUACUGUGUACUCGAUUGGUAGCAUUUGCACAGUAAUAGUUGAAUCUAUGUCUGAUUAUUUUUAAACAAGCUUCUUACUAAACUGAACAGUUAACUAAGCUAUAUUCAUGAAUAAAUAAUGUAGAUAAUUUUCCUUCUUAACAAAAUAGAUGAAAAAAAAAAA